AUGGAGCGGGGCGGCAGCGGCGAGAACGGAAUGGAGAGAACCGGGAACGGCACCGGGAGCGGCACCGGGAAAAACUCCGGGAACGGCAGCGGGAGCGGGCAGGCAGCGCCGCCUGGCGGCCGCGGGCGGGCAUUGCUGUGCCUGGCGCUGCUGCUGCUGCUGCCCCCGGCCCGGGCCCUGCCCAGCGCGGUGCGGGCACUGACCAGCACGGACCGGGCACUGACCAGCACGGACCGGGCACUGACCGACCCGAAGCGCUGCCUCAACCGCUCCCGGCAGCUCCUGGAGGCCGCCAACGCCGCCCCGCAGCGGCUCAAGGAAUCCAACACCCUGGGGUUUGAAUGCACGCUCGAGGAGGUGGAUCUGCACGACAUCACUGAGAACCAGACCAACACCCUCAGAGCCUGCACAGCUGCGGAUCCAGGGCCUGGAAAUUGCCCAGUCCUGGAAAAAUCAACUUUUGAUGAGGGAAAAUGCCUGCAGGGCAUCUCUGAGGACGUGAGAGCCUACAGGGCCCAGCUGAGGAGCCUCCCUGACCCCCAGCUGCUGGCAGCCCUCGAUGGGAUGAUGGAGGCCCUGGGCAGCAGCACCGGGCAGGUUCUGGAGGCACCAUUGGCAUCGGGACCAUCGGGAUUGGGAUCAAUGGGAUCAUCGGGACCGUCGGGAUCAUCGGGAUUGGGAUCAAUGGGAUCAUCGGGGCCAUUGGGACCGUGGGGAUCACUGGGAUCGGCGCCGUUCGCGGCGCGGCUGCGGCUCUGCGCGACGCUCCAGGCCCUGCGCAUCCGCAGCGUCACCAUCUCCAGGGUGCUGAGCUUCCUCAGCUCCCCCUGA